GACCAAACAGCACAAGUAAAUUAGUUGUUCACAUCUUUGUUAAUUUACCGUAAACACCAUUUUUAUUCAGUGUGGAAGGGCUCGCUGUUUGAAAGGGAAACACUUUUUGACGCACUGCCGGUGAGCGCCGCAGUUAUUACGUCAGCUCGAGGACAGUGAAUAAGACAGCUGGCUGUUUCAACACCGGGCAAAACGCAGGAGAGAGGAGGUCAGCACUGCGCCGUGGGUUGAUUUGGAUCAAAUUAGUUCUGUCAAAGAGGUUGAUUGUUUCCUGCAUAUCCUUAAAAGACCAAAUAUGGAAAUGGGGUUCCGAGGCACAGUAACCGAUGCUCCAGACUUUGAUGCCAGUGCAGAUGCUGAGACACUCUACAAUGCCAUGAAAGGCAUCGGCAGCGACAAGGAGGCCAUCUUGGAUUUGGUCACUGGCAGAAGCAAUGCUCAGAGACAGGAGAUUGUACAGGCGUACAAGUCUAGCUAUGGGAAGGACCUGAUAGAUGACCUGAAGUAUGAGCUGACGGGGCAUUUUGAACGCCUCAUCGUCAGUCUGAUGAGACCCCAGGCCUACCAUGAUGCCAAAGAGAUCCACGAUGCCAUCAAAGGGGCAGGAACAGAUGAGAAGUGCCUGAUUGAAGUCUUGGCCUCUAGGAACAACCAACAGAUACACGACCUGGUGGAGGCAUACAAGGAUGCUUACGACUCAGACAUCGAGGAGGACGUUACAGGAGAGACCUCAGGGCAUUUUAAGAAGAUGCUGGUUGUUUUACUCCAGGGAACCAGAGAUGAACCAGGAGUAGUGCAUACUGAUCUAAUAGAGGAGGACGCUCAGGUGCUGUUUGCAGCCGGGGAGGAGCAGUGGGGCACAGAGGAGUCCAUUUUCAUUAUGUUGCUGGGAAACCGCAGUUUCGACCACCUACAGAUGGUGUUUGAUAAGUACCAGGAGAUAGCAGAGACGUCCAUAGAGGACAGCAUCAAGAGUGAGCUGUCUGGGGACUUUGAGAACCUCAUGUUGGCUGUCGUCCAGUGCAUCAGGAGUGUACCUAUGUACUUCGCCAAGCGUCUCUACAAGUCUAUGAAGGGUCUUGGUACGCAAGACAACACUCUGAUCAGGAUCAUGAUCUGUCGUUCUGAGAUAGACAUGCUGGAUAUUCGGGAGUGCUUCCGUAUGAGCUAUGAGAAGUCCCUGUACAACAUGAUCAAGGAAGACACAUCAGGAGAUUACAAGAGGACUCUGCUCGCCCUGUGUGGAGGAGACGAUGACCUUGCAGGAGAGUUCUUCCCAGAGGCUGCUCAGCUAGCCUACAAGAUGUGGGAAACCAGCGCCAUGACAAAAGUCCAGCUCAGACCAACCAUCCGUCCAGCCAGUGAUUUCGACCCGGCUGAAGAUGCUCAGAACCUGAGGAAAGCCAUGAAAGGCUUUGGCACAGAUGAAGACGUCAUCAUUGACAUUGUGGCUAACAGAAGCAACGAGCAGCGACAGGAGAUCAGACAGGCCUUUAAGUCCAUCCUCGGCAGGGACCUGAUGAAGGAUCUGAAGUCUGAGCUCUCUAAGAACCUGGAGAGGCUGAUUAUCGGCCUGAUGCUGACGCCCGCUGAGUUUGACGCCAAGAUGAUGAGGAAAGCGAUGGAGGGGGCGGGGACAGAUGAGCACGCUCUGAUUGAGAUCCUGGUAACCAGGAGCAACGAGGAGAUCCACGCCAUGAACGCUGCCUACGAGGAUGGCUAUAAGAAGAGCAUGGAGGACGCUAUCCAGUCAGACACCUCAGGGCGCUUCAGUCAGAUCCUCACAUCGCUGGUGCAGGGGGCGAGAGAGCAGGGUCCAGCCGACUGGGACAGAGCAUUGGUGGACGCCCAGGAACUGGCCGAUGCCUGUAACGAAGACUCUGACGACAUGGAGAUUAAGUUCAUGAGUAUCCUCUGUACCAGGAGCUUCCCACAUCUCAGGAGAGUGUUCCAAGAGUUUGUUCGAUGCAGCAAUAAGGACAUUGAACAGAUCAUCAAGAAUGAGAUGUCUGGAGACGUGAAACAGGCCAUGUAUGGCAUAGUUCGGAGUGUAAAGAACCAGCCUAAUUACAUUGCAGAGCGCCUGUACAAAGCCAUGAAGUGUAUUGGCACAGACGACAGGGCUCUGAUCCGCAUCAUGGUCUCACGCAGUGAAGUCGACCUUUUCAAUGUCCGCAAAGAGUUCAAGGAGACUCACGACUGUUCUCUCCAUGAAUUCAUCCAGGGUGAUACCUCAGGGGACUACCGUAAGACCCUGCUGAUGCUGUGUGGAGGACAAGACUAGAACCAGAACCACCCAGCAGGCUUCCAGAAGGCUCUAGAACACUCUAGAACCAGAACCACCCAGCAGGCUUCCAGAAGGCUCCAGAACACCAGUGGAGCUUCUGGAACACUCUAGAACACCAACUGAAGCUGUCAAUCUACCGGUCAACUGUGCUGUGUAUACAUCCACAUUGAACCCAGUGGGGAUAGUCAGUCUGCUCUGUUUGUCCCUCACCGCUGCCACUCCUCUGCCAAAGUGACCUAUGACCUCAACAGCCUCCCCACAGAGUCUCUGUUCCUUUCUUCUUUCCUAGCUUUCCUCAAGUAAUCACAGAUCUAAAUUGGUUCAAGUGAUGUUCAUAACCUUGCUAUGCUUACACCUAUCCAUAACUAAUGAUGCAUUUUUUAAGUAUUGGAACAUUGGAGCUCUGUGCUGUCACCUCUGUGUCAGAUAGCUGUCACCUCUGUGUCAGAUAGCAGUCACCUCUGUGUCAGAUAGCAGUCACCUCUGUGUCAGAUAGCUGUCAACUCUGUGUCAGAUAGCUGUCACCUCUGUGUCAGAUAGCUGUCACCUCUGUGUCAGAUAGCUGUCACCUCUGUGUCAGAUAGCUGUCACCUCUGUGUCAGAUAGCUGUCACCUCUGUGUCAGAUAGCUGUCACCUCUGUGUCAGAUAGCUGUCACCUCUGUGUCAGAUAGCUGUCACCUCUGUGUCAGAUAGCUGUCACCUCUGUGUCAGAUAGCUGUCACCUCUGUGUCAGAUAGCUGUCACCUCUGUGUCAGAUAGCUGUCAUCUCUGUGUCAGAUAACUGUCACCUCUGUGUCAGAUAGCUGUCACCUCUGUGUCAGAUAGCUGUCACCUCUGUGUCAGAUAGCUGUCACCUCUGUGUCAGAUAGCUGUCACCUCUGUGUCAGAUAGCUGUCACCUCUGUGUCAGAUAGCUGUCACCUCUGUGUCAGAUAGCUGUCACCUCUGUGUCAGAUAGCUGUCACCUCUGUGUCAGAUAACUGUCACCUCUGUGUCAGAUAGCUGUCACCUCUGUGUCAGAUAGCUGUCACCUCUGUGUCAGAUAGCAGUCACCUCUGUGUCAGAUAGCUGUCACCUCUGUGUCAGAUAACUGUCACCUCUGUGUCAGAUAGCAGUCAACUCUGUGUCAGAUAGCAGUCACCUCUGUGUCAGAUAGCUGUCACCUCUGUGUCAGAUAGCUGUCACCUCUGUGUCAGAUAGCUGUCACCUCUGUGUCAGAUAGCAGUCACCUCUGUGUCAGAUAGCUGUCACCUCUGUGUCAGAUAACUGUCACCUCUGUGUCAGAUAGCAGUCACCUCUGUGUCAGAUAGCAGUCACCUCUGUGUCAGAUAGCUGUCACCUCUGUGUCAGAUAGCUGUCAACUCUGUGUCAGUCUUUUUCAUGUCAAAUAUUUUUUUUCAUUUUUUUUUUUUCCCAGAACCCCUGUAGUGUUAGUGGUAUUUACAUUGAGAGAUAGGAAACUGCUUGGCUAUGUGUCUAUCAACCUAUUGAGGGCUUGAAGUGUUUUGUAUGGUGCUUCUACAAUGCAAUAGGUCAAUAGGUCAUCCAUCCAAUGAAUACUGUAUGGUUUUAGGAACGUUACAUUGUGUCUCCUGAUAAUAAAAGGAAGGUGUCGUUG